UGGAAAUUUGCUUUCUCCCGUUUGAAAGCCCUAGACUGGGAAGACUUGGGAAAUUCCUCUACUCUCUCUCUCUCUCGUGUGUUUGGGUGUUUUCUCUGGAACGUUCGAUUAUUGAAUCGUUUUGCCUGUUGAAGACUUCGGAUUAACGAGUAUCGUGGGUUUGUUAAAGUCUCAAGACUCGGAGGGGAAGCACACAUCUGAGAAAGAGUAUGAAUGCUGAGGGGGCGAGGCCACCUCCUUUAAGAGGUUACCGAAGGAGGAAGGCAGCACUGGACUUAAAUGUGGCACCAAGUGAAAACAGGGAUCAUGAGGGUACUUCUCAGAUUGAAGCUCAGCCAGCACAAACUAGCCAAGGACAGCCUAUAUUACCACCUGCUACGAUUGAUGUUGAUGCAAUUGACGAUGACGUUAUUGAAUCUUCUCCUGGGGCUUUUGCAGAAGCCACAAAAUAUUCCCGAAGGAAUCGCAGAAGGAUUGUACUUGAUGUAGAUUCAGGGCAAACAACUUAUGCGGCUGAUACUCGCCUCAAGCGCACUACGGUUCCACAAAAUCAAACAAACUUCCAUUGUGAGCUUUACAUAAAUUAUGGAACCAGUAGCAAAUCUAAGGGAGAUAAUGGUAUCAACGUUGCUGAACCAUCUCUGCAGCCCCCACCAGCACCAAAGGAGCCCACAUUCAGUUGUCCAAUUUGCUUUGGUCCCUUGGUUGAGGAGAUGUCAACAAAGUGUGGUCACAUUUUCUGUAAAACAUGCAUUAAGACGGCCAUAGGAAAGCAGGCCAAAUGCCCUACUUGCAGGAAAAAAGUCACUGUGAAGGAACUUAUCAGAGUGUUCCUUCCAACGGCCAAUUGAAUUUGAGGCUAUGCUACGAUUUUAUCGUUAUGUAAGCUUAUAUAUUGCACUGUUUAUUGUUGUAGUAAGAGCCUUUUGCCCUGGUUCCAUUAUUUUAAUCGGGGGCCAACUCUGGUGUAGUGGUCAAGUUGCUCCAUUGCAGCUUAAGCAUGCAAGGUUCAAGCCGCAUAACAGCCUCAUCAUGAUCUGGAGGUAAGGCUGUGUUUAGUAAUAUGGAUGUAACAUUUUGUGUUAGACCUUACUGGAUUUUGGUUUUAAUCAGGAAGAUAAUUCUGUGAUCUGAUUUCCA